CCGGCUCGGCUACUCUGAUAUUUUCGGCUCAAUUUGUCCUUCUUUUGGACAAAAAGAAGCCAUAUCUCCCGACCCGGCAAGUUCUGUGCAAUGCUUCACCGUCCAUAGCACACCACACGUACAUAUUUUUCUCUCCAAACCACAAGAAAUAAAUUUAAAUUACUUCCACAAACUUUUAAUUUAAUACGAACACAAGCCACAAGUUAUUAAAUUAAUUGCAAGCAGCCCCUUGUUUCGAAUUCUCCAAUUAAUCAAAAUGGGACGAUCUUCCAAAGCUGCCACUAGCGGCGAUGCUGAUACAACUCUGACACCCGGAGGUCGUCGCGCCAGCAGUCGUACUGCUGCUGCCGCCGCAAGUAAGAAGAAGGUCGAAUCUCAGGACUUGGAAUUUACGGAUUCCGACGAGGAAGAACAAGUCUCAGAGGAGGAAGUUGUUAAGAAAAAGGCUCCUGCUAAAAGGGGACGGAGUGCUGGCGCUGCGCCGAAAAGAAAGAGCAAAGCGAAGAAAUCGAAAGGAAGUGACGAUGAUGAUGACGAGGAAGAGGAAGGAGAUGACGACGACGAGGAGAAUGAGCCCCCGAGGAAAAAAACGACCAAAGCUGGAAAGGGGCGGAAACCAAAUGGUGCUGGUAAAAAAGCUGCUGCCAACAAAAAAAAGAAAAGUAAAAAGGAUGAGGAGGAUGAGGAUGAGGAGGACGAAGAAAGUGAACCCUCCGAUGGUGAAGAUGAAAACGAGGAUAUCGAUGCCUCUGCUAAGGUCGUCUACAAGGAUGAUGCGUGGUUUGAAAAGGUCACUAAAACGUGUCAAAUUUGUAAGACGUCCUACGACACGUGUCGAGAUGCAUCCCUCUGCGUGACGGGAAAACAUCGCCGUCUCCGCUGCUACCUUUGUUACAAUUACUACCGGAACACAGAGACGCUCUUCCGUCACUAUCAGUCCAAUCAUCGUGCGACUAACUGUAAGAAGGACCAGCUCAUCUGUCCAUUUUGCUCUCAAUCGCUCCCAUUCAAAAGCACAUCCUGUCAUGUGAUCACGACACACAUCGCGCCCAGGGAGGCAGCCCAGGAGAAAGGGGAUAUCUCGUCCUUCUCAUUCUCCAAGCAGGGUGAAGAAGUGAACAAGACGAAGAGCAAGGCGAAAGGCGGAGCAAAAAAAGGGGAUGACGAUUCCGACGAGGAUUCCGAGGAGGAGGAGGAGGAGGAAGAAGAUGACGAUGGAGAUGAGGGCGAGGGGGAGGAGGAUGAAGAAGAAAGUGACGGCGAUGAUGACGAGGAAGAGGAAGAUGACGACGAUGAAGAAGCUGAAGACGAAUAAAUCUAAAAUAUUUUGAUGGAAUCCAAUCCUGUCAUAUAUUCUAUAUCAAUUUAUUGUGCCAUUAUUAAGGGUAUCGUUAAUUAGAUUCUUCCGUGUUAUCUUUCCUCGCUGAAUGUAUUCUUGAAUUUCUAUUGCUAUAAAUUACAAGAGCAAGUGAUGUAAGUCACUUAAACAUGACAAAUGACAAUAAUUUUUUUGCUUAUA